ACUCGCGCUCACACCGAUCAUGAGGCUGCUACUGAUGGCCGAAUAGCAUUCAUGAAAGAGCCAAAAAUGAGAGCCGAAAAUUUGCCUCCUCAGACGCCGUUGUGCACUCUUGCAAUCACUCUUCCCGAAUACACUGGGCCGGAACCAAUGGUUCCCAAAAAACCCUUCUCUUCGGAAACUCCUUUGAGAGAAAAAUACAUUGGAGCUUUCCAUGAAACUGCUGAGCCUGAUGAUUUGCCACUGCCACAUGUUGCGCGAUUAAUUGGUGCUGAUUGGCAUCGAUUGGCUCGAGCGCUCGAAGUACCCGAUAUUGAUAUACGACAAAUUCGACAUCAGCUUAUUGGCCUUGAAGCAAUUACUAUUCUGCGUAUUUGGAUAUUUUUAAAGAAAGAACAAGCUACGCCUGCUGCUUUGCGAUCAGCUUUACAGCGAAUAGGGCGUGAUGAUGUUGUACGGGAAAUGAAUCGAGCUGAAAAACCAGAUGAUUUUGAAGGGACACCUGCAUCACAUAUUUCUGGACCCUCAGCUACUAUGUUAGCCACUUCGCUAGAGGACGCUGACGACAGACGUCGUUACCCGGAAGUAACAACACAACAACUAAAGAUGCAGGAACCAUUUUUUCAACAGACAAAAUAUUAUGGAACAGAUAGAGAUAUGGAAGAACCGAAAGAGCAGCCAUUCCGCGAAGAGGAAGAGGAGGUUGCAGUUUCAGAAAUUCGAACAGUUGUGCGCACUGAGCGACAUGUUCAUGAUUCAGAAGAUGGUGAGCGAAGUUUUGAUACUGGUCCUAUUGUAGAAGAACGCACAAUAACAACUACAUAUGAGGAUGAUGUUGCUGUAAAUGAAGAAAUUGUUGACAAGAUAGUGCCUCUUAACGAAGAAGAGCAAGAAAAAUGGGAUCGAAUGGUUCAAGAAGUGGAGAUGAAUUUGGAGCAGCAAGAAGAACCGAAAGAAGAAAUGCUUGAUUAUCAGAUACAUGAGGAGAAAAAAGACGGUGAUGAUGUCACUCUGAAGACCACAAAAAUGGAGAGCGGUCAUGUAACGCAGGUUUUACCAGGUGAUGCUGAAAUACCCGCUAAUGAAACAGGAUUAAAUAGCGGGGACGCAAGUAUUGCUACGAUUUCGGCGGAAAAGGAAGAUGAUCAUGUUAUAGGUCAAAGUGAGUCAGCUGUUUUGCAUAUCAUUUCUGUACUAUUUGAGAUAAUCACUUGCGAGAUUGUGAUCAAUGAGGCAUUGGAAGAGAGAGUUGUUUUGAAUUCGUUCGAAAACAGGGAUGGAGAACAUAGUGUGCAGCAGAAGACAAGCAUCAGUGCAGCAGCAGUAGCAGUAGCACAUGAUGCCGUUGAUUUUUCAGACGUGAUGGAGGAAAGGCGAACUGGUGAAGAGGCCAAAGGGCAGAGCGUUCAUGAAUAA